CUGCGCCUAUCAAUCUAUGUCUCUUCUUGCGAAUCUUGAACUUGUGUUGUCGGAUCCGAUAACCUUUGAUCUUCGUCACUGGUGACGUGCAAUAGGUAGUAUUUUACGAAUUGAAUUCAACUUAGCAGUGCGUAACUUUCUCUUUUAAAUCAGUAAAAUUUUUUUUCACACGAUACUGAAUAGUCAUCAAAAUGGAGAAGGAAGAAAGACCCUUCAAAGUUCAUGUUCUUGUAGUUCCAUACCCUUUACAGGGACACCUAAACCCCAUGUUGCAAUUCUCUAAACGCUUAGUCUCAAAAGGAGUCAAAGCUACAUUACCAAACACCAUAGCCAUAAACAAAUCCAUGCAUGCAGACCCAAAUAGCCCAGUGGACAUUGAAACAAUUUCUGAUGGUUUCGAUGAAGGUGGCUUUGCACAAGCAGAAAGCACAGAAAUUUACUUAUCAAGAUUACAAGAAGUGGGUUCGAAAACAUUAGCGGAUUUAAUCAACAGGCUUAAAGAUUUGGGUCGUCCAGUGACUGCAGUAAUUUAUGAUGGUUUCAUGCCAUGGGCACUUGAUGUAGCCAAGCAAUUUGGAUUAACAGGAGUGACGUUUUUCAACCAGUCUUGUUCUGUUAAUAACAUUUAUUACCAUGUGCAAAGAGGUCUUCUUCGUUUGCCGUUAUCAGAACCAACUGUUUCUCUUCCCGGAUUGCCUCUGCUUCAUGCUUCAGAGACGCCAUCUUUUGUAUCCGAUUCAGUAUCUUAUCCUGGUUUCCACCAUUUGGUAAUGAACCAAUUCUGCAACAUUGACGAAGCAGAUUGGGUUCUUUUUAAUUCCUUUUACAAAUUGGAGGAAGAGAUAGUGGUUUGGAUGGCCAAAAGGUGGCGUUUACGGACUAUAGGACCAACCCUUCCAUCGAUGUACUUAGACAAGAGAAUUGAAGAUGACAAAGAUUACGGCAUUAGUACUUUUAAGCCCGAUGAAACCAACUGUAUAAAAUGGCUGCAAGACAAGCCUAGUGCUUCAGUAGUGUAUGUAGCCUUUGGAAGCGUGGCCCGACUUGGAGCAGAACAAAUGGAGGAACUUGCUUGGGGAUUAAAGGCAAGUAAUUACUACUUCUUAUGGGUUGUAAGGGCAGCCGAGCAGGCUAAGCUGCCUAAAAAUUUCAAAGAAGAUACAUCAGACAAGUCUUUAGUGGUCAUUUGGAGCCCACAAUUAGAGGUGCUAGCAAAUGAAUCAACUGGGUGCUUUGUUACCCAUUGUGGGUUCAAUUCAGUUCUUGAAGCUUUGAGCUUCGGAGUUCCAAUGGUGGCUAUGCCUCAAUGGACUGACCAACCCACUAAUGCUAAGUAUGUUGAGGAUGUUUGGAAGAUGGGGAUUAGAGCUAUGGCUGAUGAGAAAGGUGUUGUUAGAAGACAAGCAAUAGAGCAUUGCUUAAGACAAGUAAUGGAAGGAGAGAAAGGAAAAGAAAUUAAGGAGAAUGCAAUUAAGUGGAAGAAUUUAGCUAAAGAAGCAAUUAGUGAAGGUGGUAAUUCUGAUACUAAUAUUGAUGAAUUUGUAGCCAAAUUAACUGGCUCUUAAUUUUUAUGCAGUUGUAAUCUUGAAUUUAUGUUUCUAUUAGAAUGAUUAACAAAUCCUCAA